AUCUACUUUUGCUUGAGAACUGGGUAUUAUGAUGAAGCAAGAGCUGUUGCUUUGUCAUCUCGCGUGUCAAACCAGUUUGCUCCUCUGCUUACUGAGUGGAUUAAUACUGGAGGUAUGGUGCCUGCGGAGAUUGCAGCUGCUGCAUCAGAAGAAUGUGAAAAAAUGUUAAGAACGGGUGAUCGUGUGGGCCGAGCUGCAUAUGACAAGAAAAAGUUGUUACUAUAUGCUCUCAUAUCUGGUUCUCGUAGGCAAAUCGACCGCCUACUAAGAGAUCUACCUACUCUUUUUAACACCAUAGAGGAUUUCUUGUGGUUCAAAUUGUCAGCUGUAAGAGACUGCCCUGGUGGAGCUGCACCCAUUGUCAUGAAUGAGAGCUUGGUACCAUACACAUUGGAUGAUUUGCAGAUUUACUUGAAUAAAUUUGACCCCUCAUACUAUACAAAAAAUGGAAAGGACCCUCUGGUGUACCCAUAUGUUUUGCUUUUAAGCAUCCAGUUGAUACCAGGUGUGGUAUACUUGUCCAAGGAAACUGGAGAUGAAGGAUAUAACAUUGACGCUGCCCACAUAUCAAUUGUGCUAGCAGACCAUGGGGUCCUUUCUGAAGGAGCUGGGGCUGGACAGAAAAUGGGCGUGAUGGAUGCUUACGCAGAGGCAUCUAGUAUAAUCAGGCAGUAUGGGUCUGUGUAUUUACGUCUUGGUAAUCUUCAGGUGGCAUUAGAAUAUUAUGCACAAGCUGCUGCUGCAGUUGGUGGUGGGCAGUUGUCAUGGUCUGGAAGAGGUAAUGUGGAUCAGCAAAGGCAGAGAAAUUUGAUGCUGAAGCAGCUCCUUACAGAACUGUUGUUACGGGAUGGGGGCAUCUAUCUUUUACUUGGUUCAAGAGGUGCCGGAGAAGAAGGUGAAUUGGGGCGAUUUUUGACUGAUGCAAAAGAAAGACAACAAUUUCUGCUUGAAGCUGCUCACCAAUGUCAGGAAGCU